CCGGAUUGUUGUCAUUUUUGUAGCUAGCCUAGAGCGCUAGCCAGCCGUUUGCUUUUCUCUCCAACAUACUUUGAUCCAGCAGGAUGUUAGGAUGGAGUGUGGCCCAGUUCUGCCGGACAGCCUGGUGUUGGAGAUCUUCCUGCGUCUGCCCCAUGAUGCCGUGCUGAGAGCUGGUCUGACCUGCAGACAGUGGCUGGCUGUCUCCAGAGAUGAGUUCCUUUGGAGGGAGCUGUUCUACAGCUACUACCGUAUACCGCGCUCCGUACCCCGACACCCAGCGUCGGUGUCAUGGUACAGGGAGUUCAGGCGUCUGUUUGACUGCAUCCCAUGUGUGGAGGUUCAGACGCUGAGAGAGCACACCGACCAAGUCCUCCACCUGGCUUUCUCCCACAGGGGUCAUCGCUUCUCCUCCUGCUCCAAAGACUGCACCGUUAAGCUAUGGGACACGGAGCGGCUAGAUGGUAAUAUCUCGCUGGUGCACAGCUCCAGCAUGCGGCAGUUUAAUUGGGGCUACACCCAGUUCUCCCAGUUUAAUGCUGAUGACACCUUGCUGCUUGUGUCUGGUGUCUACCUGGGUCCGCACCACUCCUCGUCUGGGGAAAUCGCUGUCAUCAGUCUGGAGAAUUACUCCCUGUUGUCUCGUGUGAGGAACAAGCCGUACGAUGUGUUUGGCUGUUGGCUGAAUGAGACCCACCUGAUCUCAGGGAACCUGCACUGGAUAGGCAACAUGACGUCCUGCUCUGUUCUCUGGCUCAAUAAAGCCUUCCAGGACAUCGAAUCAGAGAACGUCAACGUAGUCAAGCGCCUUUUCAAGAUCCAGAACAUCAACGCCAGCACCAUCCGCACAGUGAUGGUGGCCCACUGCCGUCGUCACGACAACCCGGACCUGCUGCUAGACUACGAGGCUCAGUCCCAGGCUCGGAGGCAGAAAGGGCAGCAGCAGCAGCAGCACCAGCCCCUCCUCUUUGACCUGGGGACCUCUGGCAGUGAGGAAGAAGAGGAGGAAGAGGAGGAGUGUCACGAAGCAAGGCUCCCUGCUAGCCGCCAUCCUCAGCCCACCAUCUCAGGCCUGGAGCACAUUAUACAGAGUCGUAAAAAUGUAGGGCGCAUGGAGUUGGCGAUUGAGACCCACGUGGCUCAAAUGAUGGGCAGAGCCCACACAAAAGCCCCUGACUCCAGCCUAAUCGAGCCCUCUGAGCCUGGGGAGGGAGAAGACAAAACUUACUUACUCUUCACCACUGGCAGCCUUACAUACUCCCCACACCAGAUUGGUAUUAAGCGAAUCAAGCCCGACCAGAUGACGACUUGUGGUCCUGUACUCGGGGAAGAGCGGAGUUCAGAUGAGUUUUUUGAUUCCCUGGACCAUGUUAUUGAUAUCCACGGACACAUCAUUGGUAUGGGCCUCUCUCCAGACCACAGGUAUCUCUAUGUGAAUAGCCGGGCGUGGCCAGCCGGGUGUGUGAUCUCUGACCCCAUGUCUCCUCCUCCCAUUGCCGAGGAGAUCGACCUGCACGUCAUUGAUCUGAAGAGUUUAAGGGAAGAGAGACGGAGCCUGCGUGCUCACCGAGCCUUCACGCCUAACGACGAGUGCUUCUUCAUCUUCCUGGAUGUCAGCAGGGACUUUGUCGCCAGUGGAGCAGAGGACAAGCACGGUUACAUCUGGGACCGCCACUACAACAUCUGCCUGGCACGUCUGGCGCAUGACGACGUGGUAAACUCGGUGGCAUUCAGCCCCGCUGACCAGGAAUUGCUGCUGUCCGCUAGCGAUGACUCUACCAUUAAAGUGUGGCGCUCACCGCGCAUGGUCCGCAUGGCGCAGGCCCCUGCCCGGCCGUUGAGGCCCCGUGGCAUCCUUUCAUCCCUGCUGGGCCGCAGCAAGAACUCGACGUCUUCCAGCAGUGUGAAUGGAAAACCAUGAGUCAGGUUGGAAAAUACUUGCAGUGGGGAGGGAGUGGGAGAGAGGAAAGUCUGGUCUGUUUCCUCUGUGGUGUGAAUAUAUAUAUGUAUACACACUCCAUGUAUGUGUACAGUAUGGUUACAGUCAGUGGUUUUGCUUGAGCUCACAAUGUUCUGACACACAGCAGUGCUCGGUGUCUUCAGCAAACAGGAGGCGGGACGUGAUGUGACUCAGGGUUAGACACAAGGGAGCGCUGUUGCACCAGAAAAGGACAGAAAUCACCACAGACUCUGUUGUGCUGUUGCCAGGAGUGAUAUGUUCCCAGGGGUAGCUAUAGUGUAGAGCUGACUGCUGAAUGCACACGACAGACGUCCAAAUGCGUUACCACAGAGAUGGUGUUUGUCUGGUUGUAUCUGUAACAUUGCGUCUGAAUAGGUCAGGACUGCUGGGCCUGAGGUGUAAAUGUAUGUACAUGUCCUGCAGAGACGCCACCUUAUGACUGUGGUCCUGCUCAUCAGAGGCAAAGUGCUGUAACUGAGACUUAUUUCAGAAAUGUCUUUUCCUAUUAAUAUCCUCUUGAUGUCUUGAGUAUAAACACCCUAAAAAUGCGUUUCCAGAGAAUUAUAAAUGAAUUUAAAACCAAAAGGGAAGACAACCUUUAGCUGCUUUUACUGCAGUCUGCCUUGGUUUUUAAUUACAUCCCAUCCCAUUGUUUUCGUGCCCCAGAUCACUAUUCUAUUCAAAGUAGAUUUAACGAGUAAUUUAAUCUAGAGAAGUUGCUGAGGAACAGUUAGCGUGAAGCAUGACUGUGAACAAAAAAAAUGUUGUUUGUGUAGUUUAUUGUUAUUUGGGCCUAUAUGAUGUAGACAUGUAUUUAAACACGUUGAUUCGAUCGUAGCAAAAACGGCUCCCCUUAAUUUGUCGAAAGACUCUCAGACACAUUGAGAUGAAUCCCAGAAGAUGAUGAUGUCUCCUGGACAUUUUUAAAUUAAGAAAAUGUAUUCUUUCCCCAUCAUUUGACAUGACACAAGGUUUGUUUAGUUUCCUAACAGAGCCUGACUUGAAGUCUAAGACCCCAACAUAGAGAGGGGGGUACCUGGAUAUACAGACCCUGCAUAUGGAUUACAUAAUGCAGCUUUAACUAUAUACAGGUAUCUUUUGGCAAAUUGUUCAGUUCACUUAUUUAAAUUUAAUGUGAUAUCCAAUAAAUACCUUCACUAAAUUGGCCGUAAUUCUUUUGUGAGAACAGAUUGUACACCAAGAACGUUUCAUGGACAUGUCCAGUCACAAAGUUGUCACCCAGUUCUUUUAUUUAGAGCUCAUUUUUGUUUGUUGUACACCUGUAAAAGUAACAAAAGAUAUCUUGGCUGAAGUUUGAAAUUUAAUAUAAACAGGGUUCCCACGGUCAUGAAAAACCUGGUGAAGUCAUGGAGUUAGUAAAGUCCUUUGAAAGUUUUGGAAAGGUCAUGGAAUUUUGUUGUGUGUAAUGAAAAUAUGGAAAUUUCUGGGAUAACCUUCCACAUAAUGUAACAUAACAGAUGUUUUAUUUUCUGUGGUUUACCAAUGCGUAUGUCUCUUCAUUUUCUCCUUACGUUCUGUCUCUCCCUCCAUGUAUGCCAUUAGCUGGAAUCAUGUUUGAAUAAUGCUGGGCAAGGAGGGCAAGUAAAAUAAUGUGGCUGUGAAUAGCAUGCAGGGUCCUGAAUCUUAAAGUCUGUAUAUGUAUGCUCCACUAAUACUUAAAACUGUUCUACAUAUUUGAGACUGAGCAUUUAACAUGGACAUUAAAGGCGUUUGUCACGUGGAGUGCUGAGGCACAUUUUGCUUUUCAACUGCUGUGAGAGUAGAGCCUUGUAGUUUGAAGGUAAGGAGCAUUAUUCUUUUCCAAACAAAUUAACCAUUAGGCCAAUCUAGCUGUCGGCUGUCACUGGAGUCAAGUGUACUGUACGGGUUUGUUUGUGUUAUAUAUUGUGAAUGAUCAUGGAAAUUAUAUUAUGGGUUUUAACAUCUGUCCUUUAAAAUUUAUGGGAACCCUGUUUGAACGUACCACCAGCGACGCACCAAAAUUUGAAAUGCUCAUGCAGACCAGUAUCAUCAACUAAGGACGCUUACAUUUAGAUCAGUGCUGUUCAAAAGUCUGAUAAAAACAUCUGUGUUUUUGUUAUUUUAAGCACUUAAAGUCUUUAAAUGUUUGUGUGUCACUAAUGGAUGCGUCUAAAAACAAAACAAAAAGUAAUUCAAUAAGAAACGAACCUUGAUGCUGUUUUUCAGUUGCAUUUUAACCAGCACAACAUCCAGGUACUUUACCUGGUUGAUAUUUAUGCUUCCAUGGAGAUUCCCUGCUGAAGGAGCUUGUGACUGAUUAUAAAAA